GUGGCAGUGACGUCGCGGCCGCGGGCUCGGGGAGGACGCGGACAUGGCGGCCAGCAGCAAUUCAGGCGUCGCGCAGGGCGCCGGCGCGGCGUCUAGCACCCAGCCGCCCUCGGCCUUUCCCCUCCCAGCCUUGCAAUCCAGCCCUGAAGCGGACAGCACCACCAGCCUGGCACUUGUCCCUGCCACCCAGCAACCUGCACCUAGAGGAGGGGUUCCAAUGGGGUAUGACUGUUCCCAGCCCCACUCCAGCCAGGACCCCACUUAUGCUGGCCGACCUCAGGAUCCCAUCCCCGUGGACACCGCUGUGCCCAACCAUCAGCAGGACUCGCACAGCUGCCGAGCACAGACGGCCAAGAGGGGCUUUGAGGACAGGGAGCGGGACCAGCCAACAGUGGCCUCGAUCUGCCGGCCAGGACCAAGCCACACCGGCUGUGACAUGUCUGUGGGUUCUAGUUCUCACCGUCCUCCACCUCAGAAAUCCCAGACGAAGUUGUCACCCACCACAGGACGCCCUGAGAAGUUACCCCGGCCUUCCCCACCCUCAGCACCCAUGGGCGCAGCCCCAUGGGGUGGCAGAGGACAUGAUCCCUGGGAUGCCUCAGCCAGUAGCUUCACCAGUGACACUCUGCCAGUCCCCGAGAAGACACCCAGGCCCAAGGCCAGUCCGAGGCCACCCUCUGUCCACUACUGUGAGCUCUGCAGAGUGAGCUGCGCAGGGCCACAGACCUACCGAGACCACCUGGAAGGGCAGAAACACCGGAAAAAGCAGGCGGCUCAAAGGACAGGUGCACAGCCCAGCGGCAGCACGAGAGGGCCACAGGGCCAGCUGCACUGCGGCCUGUGUGCUGUGUCCUGCACCGGGGCAGACGCCUAUGCCGCUCACAUGCGGGGAGCCAGGCACCAGAAGGUUUUCAAGCUGCACACCAGACUGGGGAAGCCCAUUCCCGCUGAGCCCACGCCAAGGAGUGCCACCUGCACCCGAGCCUCAGAUAGCAACCUUCGGGCCAAGCAUGACUCUCAUGCUCACUACAGCUCACACACAUCAGGCCGGCCAUCAGCAGCCAAGGGACUUACAGGCUCACGCAAGGGUACAGGGCCUCCUGAGUCACAGACAGCACACAGCAAACCUGGAGAUAGGCGACCAGCACAUCCCAAUGCAGAGGCACCCCAAGAACCAGCAUCCAGGGGCUGUGAGGACAUGGAGCCUGUGGGCCCGGAGUAUGUGGAGGAGGUGUGCAACGACGAGGGAAAGGUGAUCCGCUUCCGUUGCAAGCUGUGUGAGUGCAGCUUCAAUGACUGCAAUGCCAGGGACAUGCACCUGACCGGGCGCCGGCACCGCCUGCAGUACAGGAGGAAAGUGGAUCCGACCCUCCCGGUGGCCACCAGAGCCAGUAGCCGUGUGCAGAGGGUGCUGGCCGACCGGCUGCAGAGACAGAGGCAGCUGGCGCAGGUGCAGCUUGAGGAUGCGAGGUGCUGGAGCUCAGAGCUGAGGCAGCCAGAGGAGCCACAGCCCCAAAGUGAGGAGCAGCUGCCUGUGUCACCCACCUGGGCCCUACCAGCCCCCAUAGCCAGGCCUGGAACAGCCACCACCCGGCGUCAGCCAGGGCGCCGACCAGAGACUAGCGAUGACCGCCAUGUCAUGUGCAAACACGCCACCAUUUACCCCACCGAGGAGGAGCUGCGGGCCGUGCAGACUGCUGUGUCCCAUGCCGAGCGGGCACUCAGGCUGGUGUCUGACACAUUGGCUGAGGAGAGCAGCCAGGACGGCAGCCUGUCACCCCCACCACCUCGGAUGCUCAAGGGUGUGGUGCGUGUUGGCAUCCUGGCCAAGGGCCUGCUCCUGCGGGGGGACCGCAGUGUGCAGCUCACACUGCUCUGCUCCAAGAAGCCCACACGCUCCCUGCUGCACAGGAUCGCCCGUGAGCUGCCAAGGGAGCUGCAGAUACUGACGGAGGACAGGUAUGAGGUCUCGUCUGACCCUGAAGCCAAUAUUGUCAUAUCGGCCCACGAGGAGCCUGGGGUGCAGGUCACCGUGUCCGCCACCUCACCCCUAAUGCGGGAGGAACCCACUGCAAAAAGAGAAGGAUUGCAAGAUCCUCCAGCAGACCCUGAAGAUGUCCUGAGUCGGAAGAGCUGUCUUGAGGCCCUGGCAGCCCUCCGCCAUGCCAAGUGGUUCCAGGCUCGAGCCAGCGGCCUGCAGCCGUGCGUGAUUAUCAUUCGAGUCCUGCAGGAACUGCGCCGUCGCCUGCCCCCCUGGGGUGCCCUGCCCGCCUGGGCCAUGGAGCUAUUGGUGGAGAAGGUUCUGAGCAGCGCAGCCCGGCCCCUGAGCCCUGGGGAUGCUGUGCGCCGUGUCCUGGAGUGUCUGGCCACGGGAACUCUCCUUACAGAUGGCCCAGGCCUGCAGGACCCAUGUGAGAAAGACCCACAAGAUGCUUUGGAGCCCAUGACCCCACAGCAGAGAGAGGACCUGACGGCCAGUGCACAGCAUGCCCUGCGCCUCCUGGCUUUCCGCCAGAUCCACAAAGUCCUUGGCAUGGAGCAGCUGCCCCCAAGGAGCAGAUUUGGGGCUCGGGCUCGGAAGAGGAUGCGGGAGGCUAGCCAGGCCCAGGAAGUCUCUGGAGAGAAGCGAGGCCGGCCAGGCACAGCAGGGCUGCCAUGAUCCAGCCAUCACAGCACAUCCCCAUGCCUGCGCAGGACAGGGCUGCUGGGCUACAGCUACUCAACCAUUGCAUCUGUAGGUUCAUUCACUACACUGUGGGAUCCCCCAGGGGUGGCUCCCACACCCAUGGCCCUGGUCCCCUCAGCAAGGCCACCCAGUGACCUUCACACCCCAGUCUUGGGACUUAAACUCCCCUAUGACAUCCAGAGCAAGUAGGAUCUAUAAGCAGAAUGCCAAGGAAGGAAACCUGGAACUUUCUAGAAGUCCUAGAGUUGGCGGGGGGAGCGGUUACAGAGCUGGAUCCCCAAACUCCCAACCCAACCAAGUCCCUCAGACAGACACUUCAACUCCCCUCCAGCUGUGAGGACACAGCUAGGGGCCCCCAGGAUGUCAUCACCUAACCCCACAGUGGGAUCCCCACCCCAGACCCUGCCACCCCAUCACUGAGUGCCUUGCACAGACAGGGCCUGCGCUGCCCCACAUUACCCUGUGGACUUCAGGGCAUGGGGUGCAGCCCUGCCCUGUACCCCUCCUGCAGCCCUCCACCCUUGCAGCCCCCAAUGGCAUUCAGAGAAAAGGCCACCCAUGGAUCCCAGGCUUCCAAUACACUCCAUUCCAUCUGUGGACUUGAAUGCCAGUCCCGUGUGGCUCAGCAGCCCAACAUCUCUAGAACCAUCCAGAAAUCGGGCUGGGGUAGAAAUAAAGGAGCUCUGCCCAA